AUGGCUGCAAUCAUUUCCUCAAUAAAGGACCUCAUCGCUUCCAUAUUUGAGGUCAUCGGCUCCAUCUUCAAGACUGCUUUCAAUGCCGUGGAAGGUAUUCUCCGAUUGGCCGUCAACACGGUCAUGUCGGUCGUCAAUAUGUUCCUCGACUUGAUCACAGGAUCAUUGAAGGCGAUGGGAAGUGUCGGAGAGUUCAUCCUCGGCAAUUUCUUCGCGAUUCUCAUAGUGGCUGUUGGAAUUUUCGGGUUCAUCGCCUACCAAAACCGCCAAGGCAAUUCUAUCAAAGUUGGCAACAAGAAGCUUAACUAG